CGGCAAUGAGUCGGCAUUGCUUCCCUUUAUUCCCCCCCGUCUCUUUCUGAUUGAAACUUACUCCCACGGAUUCACAUGUAAUUGUUUCUUAACUUCCCAUUCCCAUACCAAUACCCCUCUGAAAACCUCUCCCUCUUGUCCAUCAAUUGCCCAUUUCUUAUCUCUCUUCCAUUUUCUCCCUCAUGUUCUUCCUCCCUUGGCUUCUUUUACCUUCAGUUUCAUCCCGGUAUUUCUUAUUCCUUCUAUUUUUGCUCUAAAUCCCUAGGGUUUUUAUUUUUAACCUUUGUUUGCUACUUUGAUUAUUAUUUUUCGCUUCCUAGCCUCAUUUGGCAAUGUCACAAGGCUAUGCUAUAGAGCUUUACUUCGAUCCCGCCCUCGAAAACCAGGUCUUGAAGGCCUGGAACGUGCUCGCUCGCCGCCAAAUCAGCACCCAGCUCAUCGAAAUCGAAUCCCGUCCACACAUCACCCUCUUCUCCAGCCCCUUUGUUGACCCCGCGAAGCUCGAAAACGUUGUUAAGAGCUUUGUUUGGAAGCAGGAACCUUUGCCUCUAUCUUUCUCUUCAAUUGGGAGCCUUCCCAGUGAAAACAACGUACUUUUUCUUUCGCCUACACCUUCGUUGUCGCUUCUCCAGUUCCAGACGCAGUUAUGCGAUGCAAUGAAGAAGGAAGGGAUAGAAAUUCCGGAUGAGUAUCGCCAGGACUCGUGGAUUCCUUAUUGCGCGGUUGCUGAGGAAGUCCCGAGGACUCGGAUGGCCGAAGCAUUUUGCGUUUUACGGGACUUGAAGUUGCCGGUUUCUGGGUAUGCCAUGGAUAUCGGGUUGGUGGAGUUUUCGCCGGUUCGCGAACUGUUCUCCUUUGUGCUUGGCAAUUCCGUAGAAGCAUGAGGUUCCAGAGCAUUCUUAUGUGUCAAUCUCGAAUUAUGCCUUUUCCCCUCAUGAAUGUGGUGCCUUUGGUGUUAAUGUAAAUGGAUAAAAUUGUUGCUAUUCAGAGCGUAGUUACAAAAUUUGCAGUUUAUGUUCUUGAAGACUUUUUCAUCUUAUUGUAGAUCGACGGUAUAUUCUGCUCACACACAGGUAAGCAUUUCUUCUUGUUGAUUUUGAUGAUCAGUGUAUAUUGCAGAUGGUGAUAAGAACGUAGCCUGAUUUUAUCACAAAUCAUACAAGAAUCUAAGUUUUUUUUUUU